UUGAAACAGGAGGGAGUGGACAGUCCCCAUCAAAAUGGAGGAUGGGAAGCCUGUCUGGGCGCCACACCCCACAGAUGGAUUUCAGAUGGGCAACAUUGUGGAUAUUGGCCCUGACAGCCUGACAAUUGAGCCCUUGAACCAGAAAGGCAAGACAUUUUUGGCUCUCAUAAACCAAGUGUUCCCUGCAGAAGAGGACAGUAAAAAAGAUGUGGAAGAUAACUGUUCACUAAUGUAUUUAAAUGAAGCCACGCUCCUUCAUAAUAUCAAAGUACGAUAUAGUAAAGACAGAAUUUAUACGUAUGUCGCCAACAUUCUGAUUGCGGUGAACCCGUACUUUGACAUACCUAAAAUAUAUUCUUCAGAGACAAUAAAGUCCUAUCAAGGGAAGUCUCUUGGGACAAUGUCACCUCACGUCUUUGCAAUCGCUGAUAAAGCUUUUCGAGACAUGAAGGUCCUCAAGAUGAGUCAGUCUAUCAUUGUAUCUGGAGAAUCAGGAGCUGGCAAAACAGAAAAUACAAAAUUUGUCCUAAGAUACCUGACUGAAUCCUACGGAACAGGUCAAGAUAUUGAUGAUAGAAUUGUUGAAGCUAACCCACUCUUAGAGGCCUUUGGAAAUGCAAAGACUGUUCGUAACAAUAAUAGCAGUCGAUUUGGAAAAUUUGUAGAAAUACAUUUUAAUGAAAAGAGCGCAGUUGUUGGAGGAUUUGUUUCACAUUAUCUUCUAGAAAAAUCUAGGAUCUGUGUUCAAGGCAAAGAGGAAAGGAAUUAUCAUAUCUUUUAUAGGUUGUGUGCAGGUGCUUCUGAAGAUAUUAGAGAAAAACUUCAUCUGAGUUCCCCAGAUAAUUUUCGGUAUUUGAACCGAGGCUGCACUAGAUACUUUGCUAACAAAGAAACAGACAAACAGAUUUUACAGAACCGCAAAAGUCCUGAGUAUCUUAAGGCAGGCUCUUUGAAAGAUCCUCUGUUAGAUGACCAUGGAGAUUUUAUUAGAAUGUGCACAGCCAUGAAAAAAAUUGGCUUGGAUGAUGGAGAAAAGCUGGAUCUCUUCCGGGUGGUGGCCGGCGUCCUGCACCUUGGAAAUAUUGACUUUGAGGACACCGGCAGCACUUCAGGCGGUUGUAAUCUGAAGAAUAAGUCUACCCAGUCUUUGGAGUAUUGUGCUGAAUUACUGGGUUUGGACCAAGAUGAUCUCCGAGUAAGUUUGACCACAAGAGUCAUGCUGACCACUGCGGGGGGCACCAAAGGAACUGUCAUCAAGGUGCCCUUGAAAGUAGAGCAAGCAAACAAUGCACGCGAUGCCUUGGCAAAGACGGUCUACAGCCACCUUUUUGAUCACGUGGUGAACAGAGUAAAUCAGUGUUUCCCUUUUGAGACAUCAUCCUAUUUUAUUGGGGUUCUAGAUAUUGCUGGUUUUGAGUACUUUGAACAUAACAGUUUCGAACAAUUUUGCAUUAACUAUUGCAAUGAAAAACUUCAGCAAUUUUUCAACGAAAGGAUUCUGAAGGAGGAACAAGAACUCUAUCAAAAAGAAGGCCUGGGUGUGAAUGAAGUGCAUUAUGUGGAUAAUCAGGACUGUAUAGAUUUAAUUGAAGCAAAAUUAGUGGGAAUUCUGGAUAUUCUGGAUGAAGAAAAUCGCCUUCCCCAGCCAAGCGACCAACACUUUACAUCUGCCAUCCACCAGAAGCACAAGGACCAUUUCCGACUCACUAUUCCCAGAAAGUCUAAGCUGGCAGUUCACAGGAACAUCAGGGAUGACGAAGGCUUCAUCGUGAGGCAUUUUGCAGGGGCGGUGUGCUACGAGACAACCCAGUUUGUGGAGAAAAAUAAUGACGCCUUACAUAUGUCUCUUGAGUCUUUAAUAUGUGAAUCCAGGGAUAAGUUUAUACGAGAGCUCUUUGAGUCAUCCACGAAUAACAACAAAGAUACCAAACAGAAAGCAGGAAAACUUAGCUUCAUCAGCGUUGGAAACAAGUUUAAGACACAGUUAAAUUUGCUUCUGGAUAAACUUCGAAGUACCGGAGCAAGCUUUAUCCGUUGCAUCAAACCUAACUUAAAGAUGACAAGCCACCACUUUGAGGGUGCUCAGAUUCUGUCUCAACUGCAGUGUUCAGGCAUGGUGUCUGUUUUGGACUUGAUGCAGGGUGGGUUCCCAUCACGGGCAUCCUUUCAUGAACUCUAUAACAUGUACAAGAAGUAUAUGCCGGAUAAACUUGCAAGACUGGAUCCAAGACUAUUUUGCAAGGCUCUUUUUAAAGCUUUGGGCUUAAAUGAAAUUGACUACAAGUUUGGGUUAACAAAAGUAUUUUUUAGACCUGGCAAGUUUGCAGAAUUCGAUCAGAUCAUGAAGUCUGACCCGGACCACUUGGCAGAGUUGGUUAAGAGGGUCAAUCACUGGCUGAUCUGCAGUCGCUGGAAGAAAGUGCAGUGGUGCUCGCUCUCCGUCAUCAAAUUGAAAAACAAAAUAAAAUAUCGAGCUGAAGCCUGCAUUAAAAUGCAAAAAACGAUUCGAAUGUGGCUUUGCAAAAGGAGACACAAACCUCGCAUCGAUGGCCUGGUGAAGGUGGGCACACUGAAAAAGCGGCUAGAUAAGUUUAAUGAAGUGGUAAGUGUGUUGAAAGACGGAAAACCCGAGGUGAAUAAGCAGAUCAAAGAGCUUGAGAUUUCCAUUGACGCACUGAUGGCCAAAAUUAAGUCCACCAUGAUGACAAGGGAACAGAUCCAGAGAGAAUAUGAUGCCCUGGUUAGAAGUUCAGAGGAACUCCUCAGUGCAUUGCAGAAAAAAAAGCAGCAGGAAGAGGAGGCGGAAAGGCUGAGGCGCAUUCAAGAAGAAAUGGAAAAAGAAAGGAGAAGACGGGAGUUAGAGGAACAGCAGCGAAGAAAGGAAGACGCCGAAAGGAGGAUGAAACUUGAGAUGGAAGCAAAGAGGAAACAAGAAGAAGAAGAGAGAAAGAAACGGGAAGACGAUGAAAAACGCAUUCAGGGGCCAUGCCAACAAAAGAUGCCAACCAUGAAGCCCUUGGGUGGGAGUCCAGUGUUUGAACUUUUUAUUCACUAUUUCACUCUCAUGAAGAUCUUGCAGCCUGGCAAUGGCUUUGGUCACUGCAGCGUGGCUCAGCGGCAGUCUGUUCCAGCCACCUGGGCUGUCCGGGAGACCGGGAGCCUUUGUGUGUACCCAACUAGUGCUGGCUUGGACUCCUACCCAGUCACUUCUAAAAAUGAUGGACCAAGACCCAAAAUGACCCCGGAACAAAUGGCCAGAGAGAUGUCAGAAUUUUUGAAUAGAGGUCCUGCUGUCCAAGCCACCAAGGCCGCCGCGGGCACCAAGAAACACGAUCUUAGUAAAUGGAAGUACGCAGAACUGCGUGAUACAAUCAAUACCUCCUGCGAUAUUGAACUCCUGGCAGCCUGCAGAGAAGAAUUCCACAGGAGACUCAAAGUGUACCAUGCAUGGAAAUCCAAGAACAAGAAGAGAAACACGGAAACAGAGCAGCGUGCUCCAAAGUCUGUUACUGAUUAUGAUUUUGCACCAUUUUUGAACAAUUCACCUCAGCAGAACCCCACUGCUCAGCUCCCUGCCAGGCAGCAGGAGAUCGCAAUGAACCGGCAGCAACGUUUCUUCCGUAUCCCCUUCAUUCGCCCUGCCGACCAGUACAAGGACCCCCAGAGCAAGAAAAAAGGCUGGUGGUAUGCCCAUUUCGAUGGGCCAUGGAUUGCCCGGCAGAUGGAGCUCCAUCCUGACAAGCCACCUAUCCUUCUCGUGGCUGGUAAGGACGACAUGGAGAUGUGUGAGCUGAAUCUGGAGGAGACGGGUCUGACUCGGAAGCGCGGUGCUGAGAUCUUGCCACGACAGUUUGAAGAGAUCUGGGAGCGCUGCGGGGGCAUCCAGUACCUUCAGAGCGCCAUCGAGAGCCGGCAGGCCAGGCCCACCUAUGCGACAGCCAUGCUUCAGAGCCUGCUCAAGUAGGCGACACCCAACCCCCCAGGGGAGCUGCCAGGAGGUGGGUGUGCGCCCCAAGAUUCGACCAUUCACGGUCCUGUUAGGGUUACUUCCACCAAGUGAACAGAUCUGAUUAAUCAUGGCUUUGGUGAAUCUGUUUAAGGUUAUUACGGUAGUGAAUUUGGGACCUACAAAUUAUUUUUCUGUAUCCAGCUGUAACUCUUAAACCUCUUGUUGUUCUAAUGCUUGUUACACUUGGACAGAUUCUGACACUCCUCAUCCUUUGCCAACAGACCACCUUAUAUCCAUCAUAAAUUGGUCUUGAGGAAAAGAGAAUUUUUAAAGAAAAUUCAAAGUACUUUUUAAGGAUGGAUAGUACCAUGUAACUGGAGUAAUAAAACUGUAGCUUAAAUUUCUUACAAUAGUCCAGGCACUGAUGUUUUGGUCUAACAAGCUGUAUACUUUCUUCACUAAUUUUUUUUUAGAAAUGCAUGGAAAUUUCCAUCCAAGGUGGAAAUUCUAAUUUUUUUUCUCUCCUUUGCAGUGUGUCUUGGUUUGAGUGAAGCAAUUCUAAGUUCUAGAAUUCUAAAGAGCCUAAAUGUCUGUGAUGUAUUCCAUGAUACCCAGCACGGAUUUACUUUGCUUUUUUUUAAAUCAUAUUGUGUGUUGCUAUCAGAAUAUUCUUUUUAUAUUCCAUGAACAAAUAAAGGAAAUUCAGGUAGUUUAAAUGCCUAAAAGUUUUGAGAUAAGGUUUGUUUCAUUUAGAAAAAGGAAAAGGGUUUCAGGUGGCACAGUGACUUAACUGGACGGAAUUCAAAUAUUUGUUCAACUUCAUCUCAACGGCAAUUUUUGUAUCAGAAUCCUGUCCAAGUUGUCUCAUAGGAUUUAAACUGGUGUUCUGCUUCAAACAUAUUCCUUUUAAAAACGUCCUAGUGUCUUUUUUGGCCUUUGAAAUUUUGGUGAUUGUAGAGCUGUGUCAUAAGCUAUGUAAUUCAAAAGCCCCUGUAUUUAGUAAUUGUUUGUUUCACAUAACUGAUCAUUUAAAAAAUUUUUUUUCUUUGUGUGCUGUUAGUUUUGAUCAAAUGUCAGCAGUUUCAAGCCUAAUAUCGAUGACUUUCAUGUUAGGAAUUUAGAGGCAAAAGUGCAUCAAGGAGUUUUGUUGAAGGUGUCUUGUUUGUAUUUUAGAAUAAAAUUAGAAGGUAAAAUUAUUCUCUGCACACACCCCCCCCCCAAUUUUUAGAGACCCUAACCUUUGAAAUGAAAUCCCAGUAAUUUUUUUUUUUUCCUAGAGGGAUUACCUCAGCCAGGAAAAUAUUUCCUGACUGAUUAGUUUUGUGUUUGCAAGCCAUAGACACUGUUUUCAGAAUUGCUUCUCUCAUAAUAUGUGUCUUAGUACAGAAAUAUUUAUUUAUUAUGAUACGUGCAAAUGAUUGUCUUGUGUUAAAGAAAUUAAAUGGUCCUGUCUGUGCUAUUAAUUGAGAAUGUGAAUGUGAUAGACUCACCCACCCUUGGGUCAUUGGGUCCCUAUGAUUGGUGACAGAAGGUGUAGUUAUUGAAUAAAUGACCUGCUCUCUCUCUUUCAUCUCA